AUGGCUUAUCAAAAAGCCCUCUUAAAACUUGAAAUCAAAGAUAUUGUUCUUGUAAAACCAACAAAAUCCACCCCUUCUUGUUUACUUUCUCUCUCAACAAUUGACAAUAAAGCCUACAAUGAUGAAAUAUGCCAAACCAUUCAUGUAUACCGAUCAUCAAUUCAUAAUUCUCCUAAUAAUAGUUUCAACCCUUCUCAUUUGAUUAAACAAGCACUCUCAAAAUCUUUGUUUUAUUAUUAUCCUCUUGCAGGUAGACUAGUGAAACAUGCCGAUGAUGGAAAGCUUAGAGUCAAGUGCAAUCCUAAUGAAGAAAAUUACGGUGUUCCGGUCUUGGAAGCAAAUGCUAAAUGCACCCUCUCUUCUCUUCAUUACUUGGACAACACUGACACCGAUAUUGCGAAACAUUUGAUGCUUGAUCUUCCUUCUCCUCACGAUAAAACUUACCCUUUGGUGUUAAUGGUGACGAAAUUUCUUUGCGGAGGUUUCACCAUUGGAAUGGGAGUGUCACAUGCACUUUGUGAUGGAUUUGGUGGAUCUCAAUUCUUCAAAUCAAUUGUUGAACUUGCAAGUGGAAGAAUCGAGCCAUCGGUGAAACCUGUGUGGGAAAGAGAGAGACUAGUUGGUUCGAUAACUAAACAAUCGUUUCAAUCUCUCAUCGAUAAAGAUUUAGCUGCAUUUUCGCCUUUUCUUCAACCGAAAACAAUUAUUAAACAAUAUUGUUUUAAGAUUGAAAGUGAUGUGAUAAAAAGACUCAAGAUGAGUUUGAUGAAAGAAAGUGAAAGUCAUUCUAAUAUCACAACUUUUGAAUCACUUGCUGCUUAUGUGUGGAGAUCAAAAGCAAGAGCGUUAAAACUUAGUCCCAAUGGAAAAACAGUGUUGAUUAUGGAAGUUGGUAUGAGAGGCAAAAACCUAAAGGAUUAUGAAUAUACACUUCCUGAAGGGUAUUAUGGGAAUGCUAUUGUUGAUGCAGAUCUUGUGUUAAAUGUUAAUGAGCUUAAUGAAAAACCACUCUCUGAGAUUGUUAAGCUCAUUAAAGAGACUAAAAAUGUUGCUUCCACAAUUGAUUAUGUGAGAAAAUCGAUCGAUACUAUGGAGACGAUAAGACAGGAGGAAGAAGAAGAGGAGGAAGAUUUGAACAUUGAUGAUGCAAUAAUGUAUGUGACAGAUUGGAAGCAUUUAGGUUUCAUGGAAAGUGUAGAUUUUGAAGGCUAUGAAUUAAGCCUCCUAAAAUCUGGAGACGCCCCUGGUCUUGAUACAUGCAUUUUCAUGUCUCAAAAUAAAAUUGAUGAUCCAAUAUUAGGUGAAGGAGUUAGGAUUUUUAUAUCCCUUCCUGUUGCUGCCAUGCCUAAGUUUAAGGAAGAAAUUGAUGCUCUCAGAUUUCUCUGA